GAGAUAGGGAGGCGCGGGCGCGACCAUCCGCUCUGCGGCGGUGGCGACUCAGCGCUGCCUCAGUCUGCAGCGGGCGGCGGCAGAGUCGCGUCGUGCGUGAGAGCGCAGCUGUGCUCCCGGGCCCCGCGCGGUCCUCCCCCGCGGCUCCCGAUCAGAGGGAUCCUAGGACCCCCUGCCCCGCGCCGCAGCCAUGAACUACCUGCGGCGCCGCCUGUCCGACAGCAACUUCAUGGCCAAUCUGCCAAAUGGGUACAUGACAGACCUGCAGCGCCCGCAGCCGCCCCCGCCGCCACCUGCUGCCCCCAGCCCUGCGGCCACGCCCGGCCCCGCGACUGCCUCUACCGAGAGGGCCUCCUCGGCCGCCCCCGUGGCCUCCCCGGCCGCCCCGAGCCCUGGGUCCUCGGGAGGCGGGGGCUUCUUCUCGUCGCUGUCCAACGCAGUCAAGCAGACCACUGCGGCGGCCGCCGCCACCUUCAGCGAGCAGGUGGGCGGCGGCUCUGGGGGCGCAGGCCGUGGGGGCGCCGCCGCCAGGGUGCUGCUGGUCAUCGACGAGCCCCACACCGACUGGGCGAAAUACUUCAAAGGGAAAAAGCUCCAUGGAGAAAUUGACAUUAAAGUAGAACAGGCUGAAUUCUCUGAUCUCAAUCUCGUGGCUCACGCCAAUGGUGGGUUCUCUGUGGACAUGGAAGUUCUUCGAAAUGGGGUGAAGGUGAUGAGGUCUCUGAAGCCGGACUUUGUGCUGAUUCGUCAGCAUGCCUUCAGCAUGGCAAGGAAUGGAGACCACCGCAGUUUGGUCAUCGGGCUGCAGUAUGCUGGAAUCCCCAGCGUUAACUCUUUGCACUCUGUCUACAACUUCUGUGACAAGCCCUGGGUGUUUGCCCAGAUGGUUCGACUGCACAAGAAACUGGGGACAGAGGAAUUCCCUCUGAUCGAUCAGACCUUCUACCCCAAUCACAAAGAGAUGCUCAGCAGCACAACAUACCCUGUGGUUGUGAAGAUGGGGCAUGCGCACUCCGGGAUGGGCAAGGUCAAGGUGGAAAACCAGCACGACUUCCAGGACAUCGCAAGUGUCGUAGCGCUGACCAAGACGUAUGCCACUGCUGAGCCCUUCAUUGACGCCAAAUAUGAUGUUCGCGUCCAGAAGAUUGGGCAGAACUACAAGGCCUACAUGAGGACAUCAGUGUCAGGAAACUGGAAGACCAACACGGGCUCUGCCAUGCUCGAGCAGAUCGCCAUGUCUGACAGGUACAAGCUGUGGGUGGACACGUGCUCAGAGAUUUUUGGGGGACUGGACAUCUGCGCAGUGGAAGCGCUGCAUGGCAAGGACGGAAGGGAUCACAUCAUUGAGGUGGUGGGCUCCUCCAUGCCGCUCAUUGGCGACCACCAGGACGAAGACAAGCAGCUCAUCGUAGAGCUCGUGGUCAAUAAGAUGGCCCAGGCCCUGCCCCGGCAGCGGGAUGUCUCCCCGGGCAGGGGUUCCCACAGCCAGACUCUGUCCCCAGGGGCCCUGCCCUUGGGCCGCCAGACCUCCCAGCAGCCCUCGGGGCCCCCGGCUCAGCAGCGACCCCCGCCACAGGGUGGCCCUCCGCAGCCCGGCCCGGGCCCCCAGCGCCAGGGACCUCCGUUGCAGCAGCGCCCGCCCCCCCAGGGCCAGCAGCACCUCUCAGGCCUUGGACCCCCGGCUGGCAGCCCCCUGCCCCAGCGCCUACCGAGUCCCACAUCAGCGUCCCAGCAGCCUAUGUCCCAGGGCCCACCACUGACCCAGGGUCAAGGCCGCCAGUCCCGGCCAGUGGCAGGAGGACCGGGGGCACCUCCAGUAGCCCGCCCGCCUGCCUCCCCAUCUCCCCAGCGCCAGGCAGGCCCCCUACAGGCUACCCGCCAGACAUCCGUCUCUGGUCAGGCUCCACCAAAGCCCUCUGGGGCUCCACCGGGUGGUCAGCAGCGCCAGGGCCCACCCCAGAAGCCGCCGGGCCCUACUGGCCCCACCCGCCAGGCCAGCCAGGCGGGUCCCAUGCCCCGCACUGGGCCACCCACCACACAGCAACCUCGACCCAGCGGUCCAGCGGGGCCCGGGCGUCCCGCCAAGCCACAGCUGGCCCAGAAACCUAGCCAGGAUGUGCCACCAUCUGCUACGGCUGCUGCCGGGGGACCCCCACACCCCCAGCUCAACAAAUCCCAGUCUCUGACCAAUGCCUUCAACCUUCCAGAACCAGCCCCGCCCAGGCCCAGCCUUAGCCAGGACGAGGUGAAAGCUGAGACCAUCCGCAGCCUGAGGAAGUCUUUCGCCAGCCUCUUCUCCGACUGAAACCCCACACUGAGAACCCCCAAUAUCCCUGGGUAACCCCUGUCUGGGCCCUGAAUCCAUUGCUCACUUUUGGACUCUCCAACUCCCUUGAGAAGCCCUCUCCUGGUUCACCAAGAUCCUUCUUCUCACUCCUCAGAAUGCCCAAGUCCCCAAGGAAACCUCACUUCUGGUCCUAACUCUAUUUCUCAUGUUUGGAAUUCCCAAAUUCUUGGGAAGCCCAUUCCUGGUCACCUCCAAAUUCCUGAGGACCUCCACUCCCAAAGUAUGGUUUCCUUUCCAGAAGCCCCCGAACACCAGGCAACCCAUUCUGGCCUACACCACAGAUUCCCCUCCCGGAGUCCUAAAACUCCUUGACAACCACACUCCUGGCCUGAGAUCUCUCAAGCACACUUAGUUCCCCACCCGGAUUCCCCAAAUCCUUAACAAACCCCGACCCUUGAGCUCUCUUUCAUGGAUCUCCAUUUCUGGAGCCCCACCUCUUCAAAUGCCAUCAUCCAGUCCCAUAAGGAUUGCCCUUCACCUAUUCCCAACUCUACUCAAUACACUGGGAGCUCCUUGCACUGGUAGGAUCCCUCAGUUCCCCAGGGACCCCUGCCCCACUUUCCUGCCUCUGACAGCUCUCUUUAAAUAUGCAAACUCCACCCAUCCUCCCAGAAUCCUUUGCACAUGAAAGGCCAGUGGUCCCCCACUUCCCCACCUGUGCCGUGAUGUCUGUGUCUGUGACUGACGUGGCCUCCUCUUGUGGCGUGCUUGGCAUAUGUGGUCCUCGUUCAUCGUGCCGCCUGUGGUGAUGCGUGCAGUGGCGCUGUUUGUGUGGUCUGCACCUUCCCCCAACCUCCAUCCUUGCCUGGACUCUACUCCACCCCAUCCCUCAGCGGCUCUGAACCCCACGAGAAGAGUCAAGAAGCAAAAUAAACAAGCAAAGGCCCAGCA